CUUUGUGAUUGUAUAUUAAAAAAUUUUAAUUAAAAUAUCGUUGCUCACCACUUAAAAGCACCAUAAAUUAUCCCUUGUGAUGUGCUGCAUCUUGAAUAUUACGCCAGUCAAAGAGAAGCUCUCACCAAAAUGUUUCGUCAAAAUAUAUCGAACCACUUUCGACCGUUAUUAAUGUUGGUCGUCGGACUCAUAAUCGGCUUUUCCUUCUCGCAACAACUACGCAAUACAAAUUGUGGAUUCCGAUUGGGCUUUCUUAGGGGCAGCUUUUCCGCACGCGAAGAAGAAUACGACAGUCAUGCGUUAACGCUAUUACCAGCCGAAGAAGAUGAACUACUCACGCGAACUUAUACGAAUACAGCGGAUAACAGUACAUUAGCGGCACAAUUGUAUAAUGAAACGCGUGUACUGUGCUGGGUACUCACGAGUCCAGCGAAUCAUGCCAAGAAGGCGAUACAUGUUAAGAAGACAUGGGGUAAACGUUGCAAUCGUUUGCUGUUCAUGAGCUCGGAGGCGAAUGAAGAAUUGGGCAGCGUGAAAUUGCCGGUGAAGGAGGGACGUGGCAAUUUGUGGAAUAAAACGCGUGAGGCCAUGAAGUAUAUAUACGAUAAUCACUUUGAUGAAGCCGAUUGGUUUAUCAAGGCCGAUGAUGACACUUACGUCAUUGUGGAAAAUCUGCGCGCCUUUUUGUAUCCCUACGACAGCAAGGCGCCCGUCUAUUUCGGUUGCAAAUUUAAGAAAUUCGUGAGACAAGGCUACAUGUCUGGUGGCGCUGGUUAUGUGCUGAGCAAAGAGGCUGUGCGCCGUUUCAUGGUAGACGCAUAUCCGAAUGACAAAAUCUGUCGCAAGCGCUCGGGUGGUUCUGAGGAUAAAGAAAUGGGCAUCUGCUUGCAGAAUGUUGGUGUGGUGGCUGGUGAUUCACGUGAUGAACUGAAACGUGGUCGUUUCUUUCCAACCGGGCCGCAAGGGCACAUCAUACCCAAGAAUAAGUCAGUUUGGUAUUGGCAUUAUAUAUUCUACAAGACGGAUGAUGGCCUCGACUGUUGCUCGGAUUAUGCUAUAUCCUUUCACUACAUACAACCAUCCUAUAUGUAUGUGCUGGAUUAUCUGAUAUAUAGCUUACGCCCAUUUGGGAUUUUCAAACAGAUCGAAGCACUGCCUGCGAAACGUAAUAUGACUGAUUUGUUAGAAAAAUGGCGAACGGAAGAGUCCGAUAAUCCUUUAUGAGUACUUACUUAUAUCUAUAUGUAUAUUUGUUAAUUUUAUUUAUCAUAAUAUUUAUCAUUAUAUGAGUUGUUAGCAAUGCGUUUCGUACAGCAUCCAACCAUUAAAGAAAUUUAAUUUUUCUAAUUGCGGUCGGCUUUAGGUAGGGAAGUCUCAAACUCUCUGUUAGGAAAUAAUGAGCUUCUCAUAAAAAUCCUUUGACCGUUCGGCGGUGGCUUUGAAAAAGCUUUUGGUGCCUCUAUUUGUUGGAAAAACAGCAAGACUCAAAAUUACAAAUUAUAUUAUAUAUAUAUAUGUUAUAUGCUAUAUAACACUUUGUAGUUUAACUUCAUUUUAAUAAUUUCAUAUUUUAAUAUAAUAUAAGUUCAAGUCCACCAGUGUUACUAUUAGACAAAUUAUAUAUAUAUAUAUAAAUUUUUUUUUUAAAUACUUACUAUUGAGCAAAAAAAUUUUUGUAAAUAAUUUUACACAUGUAUGUAUAAAUUGAAAACAUUUCUCUAACGAAAGUGAGACGAUUUUUCAUUUAGCCCCAAAUACAAUUUUAAGGAUUUUCAUUUAAAAAAAGAAAGGAGAGGAAAACCCUUAAAUUUUAAAACUUUUUACUUUGGUCGAGCUUUUUAGUAUUUUUUUAUUCAGUUUCGUAUGCAGAUUUUAGUAUGUUUGAACAUUUUUAUUGUUCGAUUUCAAAAGCUGCGUUGUCAGUUUCGCCCAAAAAAAGCUUUUCUAGCGCUUUUUUUUUCGUUCUAUUUUAUACUUUCAUGAAACUAUUUUUUUGCAAACAAAACAAAAUAAUAACAAAAUAAAUCGCAUGCAAUAUUUAUUCUGCUCGCCUUGUUUUUUUCGUUUUUUUUUUUUCAAAAAUGAUUAAAAUUUAGUAGCAUGAUACAAAAAAUAAGGUAAU